AUGGCCGACGUCGCACCUGCCGCUGCCACCAACGGCGCUGCCCCGCAAAGCAAGCAGCCUGUCAUCAAGCCCGACAAGCCCGACGAGGAAAAGUACAAGGAGGAGCUUGCCAAGUUGGAGAAGGAACAUGCGGCUGCGCAAGAGGAGCUGAACGCCUGCAAGGCCAAGCUAGACCUCGCCAAGCCGAACAACAAGGACUCUCCCAACGGAAAGCGCCAGCAGGAGCUCAAGACAGAGCUCAACGCCAUCCGCCAGACGCAGCAGGGCAACAAGUCCGGCCGCAAUGCCAUCUUCGAGAAGAUCAAGAAGCUCGACGAGCAGCUUAAGCAGCAGUUCAAUGAGCUCAAGACGGCAAAGGGCAAGUCCAACUACAAGUCGGUCGAGGAUGUCGACCAGGAGAUUGCGCGCCUGCAGAAGCAGGUCGAUGGUGGCAUGAUGAAGCUGGUGGACGAGAAGAAGGCCCUGGCCGAGAUCAGCUCCCUCAACAAGGCUCGCAAGAACUUCUCUGGCUUUGAUGUGCAACAAAAGAAGAUUGACGACAUCAAGGCCCAGAUUGCCGAGCAGAAGAAGUUGUUGGACGACCCCGAGAACAAGGCGCUGAGCGACAAGUACACCAAGCUCCAGACCGAACUCGACGAACUAAAGGCCGAGCAAGACGAAGCCUUCAAGAAUCUGCGGACACUGCGCGAGCAGACGGACAAGGCGCGCGCUAAGCAACAGGAGAAGUACAACGCGCGGAAGGAACUCAAGGAUGCCUACUUCCAGCAACUGCGCGCAUACAAGAGCUACGAGUCAGAGGCCCGCAAGAUCCGCUUUGAAAAGAAGCGCAUCGAACAGCUCCAGUACGUAGCGAGCAAACGCAAGGCGGCUGCUAGCCAGCGUCUUGAAGAGGCCAGCGCACCCGCCUAUGGUGACGAGAUCAUCGCCACUGAGGGCUUGAUCCGCCAUUUCGACCCCUCCGCACUCCCACCCAAGGAAACUACAGCCGCCAGCAAGUUCGCCGCCUCCGCCCAGCGCACCGUUGACGAUUCCGGUCUGAAGGGUACCCGCAUAUCCAAGAAGGACACCGAGGAGGAGAGCUACUUCGCCGGCACUGGUGGCAAGAAGGGUAAAAAGGGCAAGAAAGGCGGUGCGAGCGCUGCUCCCGCCAAGUUCAACCUCAACAUCGGUAUCAUUGAGGAGCUGGCCAAGGUUGGCGUCGACCCUCCCUCCAGCCAAGACGAAGUCCCUGCCACGGUUGAGAAGCUCAAGGCCAAGCUUGCGCACUGGAAAGAGGACCAGGACCGCAAGACCAAGGAGAACAUUGCAAAAGCUCAGAAGGAGAUUGACCGCCUCGAGGCAGAAGAAGCCGAAGAAGACGCCAACGGCACCACCGACGCCGCUCGCAAGCCCGCGCAGAAGAACCAGGCUGUCAACGGUAGCGCAUCUGCUGACGCCGAGCUGGAACAAGAAAAGGACGCUGCUGCCGAUGCCGCUGCCGAUCUUAAGAAGGCGUCCCUUGAGGACAAGGAGGAUGCUGCGGACGCAUAG